UGGACGGGUGGUGAUCUAUCCCACCUCAGGCAUUUUGGGCGGAGGUCUAGAGCCGUCACGAUAGAGAGACCGUCUUAUUUCCCGGACCCGUAAGACGUUUUACAAGACAUUUCUUGCCUCCUUCGUCGAUCAGACAACAGGAGAAGACUUCCAGAAGGGUUUCACGGCAGAUUCGGACCCUGUGUCCUUUCCCAGGGCUUGAAAAUGAGGAAUUACGGAGAGUAUGAUCACGACGAUGGGUUCAGUUCGUACUCGGACGAGGCCAGCUUGCGAGGUCGCAAUAGCUCCAUAGCCAAUGGUUACGCUCCCUCCGGACAAAACGGUUACCAAAAUGGCUUCAACGGAGCCAGCCGACCAAGUGCCAAGGAAAUAUAUGAGCAGCGUAAGAAAUACGCGCAAGCUCGCGAUGUCGGGGAAGAAGCCAGGAGCUUUCCCGUGGAGGUAGGUGGAUACCCCAUCGAGCACCUGGCCACAUAUGCCAUGGACCCCAAAAACGCCAUGCUGACCAUCGAGGACGGUGUGAGGAAGCUGAAGCUGAUGGACGCGAAGGGGAAGAUCUGGACACAGGAGAUGACCAUGACGGUGGACGAGCGCGCUGUCCUGCUCAUCGACAACGAGACACACGAGGAGUUGGAGAACUUUCCGCUCAGCGCCAUCACUAUAAACAAGGCUGUUAUGAAUGAGGGGAACUACAACAGCAUCCUGGUUCUCGCUGUGAAGGACCCAAACCAGAAGUUCCCAGAUAUGCACAUGUUUCAGACGGACCGAAUACCUGCAGAUGUAAUAUGCAAGGACAUCAAGGCAGCCAUCGACGACUUCAAAAGCGGUAAAAAGCGUUACCGGCCCCCGUCAUCGCGCGAUGACUUCAAUCCGCCGCCGCACGCCAGGCAGGAUUCGCCCAGCGCGGGAAGUAGUUCCCGUAUCCCUCCGCCGCCGGUGGUUCCCGCGCCGCAGCCCCCCGCGGGGAACGUGAAGCGACAGGCGGAGGCGUUCGAGUCUGCCGCUGCACAACAGCAGAAUGGCUACUCCUCCCCGCCAAAAAGCCCUCCCGCUAGGUCACCAAGUCACCGACCAAAGACUUACCCAAAUGUAACCUUGAGUCCCAAGCCCUUAAUGAGGGAGGAAGAAGACUCGCCGGAGCUCCAGGCUCUUAAGACGGACCGAGAUGUCCAGAUCCUCAACCACAUCUUUGACGACAUCGAGAACUUUGUCUCCAGGCUGCAGAAGGCUGCCGAUGCCUUUAAUGAGCUGUCUAAGAGGAAGAAGAACAAGAAAAGCAAGAGGAAGCAACAAGGUGAAGGUCUGCUGACGGUGCGUGCACGCCCUCCCCCGGAGACUGACUACAUCGACUGUUUCCAGAAGUUCAAGUAUGCCUUCAACCUGCUGGCCAAGCUGCGGCCUCACAUCCACGACCCCAACGCUCCCGAACUGGUGCACUUCCUCUUCACUCCACUGGAACUGGUCAUCGAGAGUUGUCAGGGAGUGGACCUUGCCAAGUCAGUGGUGUCUCCCCUCCUGACAGACCAGGCCAUAGACCUGCUGAAGAACUGUGUGACCUCCAGGGAGGGUGACCUCUGGCUGUCCCUGGGGCCAGCAUGGACUACCUCAAGGGCUAAUUGGUCAAAGGACCAGUACGUUCCCCCGUACAUCCCACGUUUCCGUGACGGCUGGGAGCCGCCGCCCAUCCCCGGGGAAAACAACCCCCUGCCGGUCAGCGAUGACCUCCCCGCCGUGGUCGCACACAAGGCCGCCGCCGUCGCCAGGGACGAGGAGAUGAGGAAGUCAACCGCAAGAGAAGAGGCUGAAGAGCGUAGCUCCAACUAUAGGGACCAGCCAUCUAACAGAAACUCGGACAAGCAGUCAGACAAACAGUCAGAUAAACAGUCUGACGACAAACAGAAUAGUAAAGAGGAGGAGAGGACUCCUGAGAGAGAUGUAGAGAGGAGAUAUAAUGACAGGUACGAGAGCAGGCCACACGACAGACAUUCCGAUAGGCACUAUGACAGGUACAUGUACGAUUACAGACACAGAGACAGAACUCCUGAGAGGUAUCUGUAUCAUCAUCACAGGUAUAACCAUUUUUACGACAGACCCUAUAGAAAGAACAGAUUCCGGCCACAGCGAGCGUAUAGCGAGAGGCGAGUGUGGUCAGCGGAAACGUUGUUACGCCCCGGCCGCCCGCAGCGAACCCCGUCCUCCCAGUCCCACCUGUCUGCCCCCCCAGGCCACGCCAUGACAUCCCAGCAUAUAGCCCGGCUCCUCAGGGGUUACCCGGAUGAUGUGAAGUUCAGGGUGUUGGUCAGACACGACUUCGUGGCGCGGAAUGACCGCGAGCUGACCGUGGUCGCACAGGAGAUCCUGGACGUGCUGGACGACACGCGCACCUGGUGGAACGUCAGGAACAUCUCCGGACAGUCUGGUUUUGUGCCAUCUACCAUCCUGGACACCCAGCUCCCCUCCCCUGCACAGGAGCGAGCACCUAACGGUUCAUCCAGGCACAGCAUGCCUCCUGAACCUGUGUACCAUCAUCACAUACAGAAGCGGUCGUCCGACACGCCUAUCUAUGCCUCACACAUCCCCCCCUCGCAGGCCGCCGCACCCCCUCCCCCGGCCCCCGUACCCCCUCCACCCCCUCCCUCCCAGCCCACCGCCCAGCCUUUCAGAAAUUCCAAGAAAAAGGAGUCUCCCAGGAGCCCCCCUCCCGAGGAGACCCGAGCGCGGAAGCCAUCCCCGGAGGAGCGACAGGCAGACGAUCUUCAGGAGGAGCUGAAGACGCGUAUGACGAUGGGGAAGCAUCGCAAGUUUGCACCAAGGCCCAGGGCUCCCUCUAUCAGCAUUGACUAUGACUCCACCCCAGAGGAGGUCACCAAGUGGCUGCAGAGCAGGGGGUUCAGUAAACUGACAGUGGAGAGCCUGGGUGUCCUGACCGGUGCACAACUCUUCAGCCUGACUAAAGACGAGCUGAAAACCGUUUGUUACGAGGAGGGCCAGAAAGUGUACAGCCAAAUCACAGUCCAGAAGAGCCUACUGGACCAGCAGGGGGGCAACCAGAGUGAGCUACAGGAAAUGUUAAAAAGACGCAAGAAUAUAGCGGAAAGGGCUUCUGAGGACCAGCUAUACGAAGACUACCGUCUCGCUAACCCACCACCCGAUUUCAGUCCCCACGCCCCGCCAAACUGAGCAAAGCACUCUGGGAUAGCACAGUUGCAUGAUGGAAGGACACAGCUAACAAGUGCAUGCUGGGAAGUUCGGGUGUUCCACCUUCUCUGCAUGAGGAGUGAAGGAUUCUGGGAAGCGUAGCUUUGCAUGAUGGGUAGUAGGGCAUGCUGGUAGUGCCUUUCUGAAGCACAUAGACCUAUCUCUCUUCUCUCUUCCACUGGUGAUUACUAAAUAAGCUAAUACAUUGUACUUCGCAAUUGUACAUAAUCACAUUGAAAAGGAAUAUAUAUAUAUAUGUAUACAUUCUGGUCUUAUCAAUUGCUGUAAUUUGGGCCAUUCUAACAAAUUUGAUGGUUACUUACAAAAUGUAGGCACUUGUUUGGUUUGCUCAUGCUUUUCUUAGUUUUUGAUAUUUAAAAAAAAACAAUGACAGAAAAUAUUGCUGUAUAUGAUAUCACAGAACCUAUGCAAAGUAUGGUAGAAGACCAAAAUCAUGACUAGAUGUCCGUCAAAUUAUCUUGAAUGGCCCAUGGAAGACCUUUUGUAUUUUGGUCAUUUUUUUUCUCCAGUUAUUAGGACAGCAAGGAGCAUCAGGGAUUGACUAAGUUGGAAGAAUGACGGAGAGACUAGUGUCACAAAGCAAUGGGGAAAAUUUUACUGGAAAGAAUCAGCAAAUACAUUUACUAGCCAGGUUUACAAUGUAGCUACUGUAACAGUUAACUCUAGAGCCAGAACAAAAUGAAAUGUACAUAUUAGCAAUGCUCACAAAUAUCUUUAACUGUUUUUGAGCAGAUGAUAACAAAAUUUUCAAUGCUGUCCUCUCAUUAUUAUGAAGACUUGUUAAAAUUGUGUGCUCUAUAUCUAUUCCAGUGAAGGGUGAUACCAUUUGUAUAUGAGGGUAGUUUUUUGUCAGUUUUUACAGGAUAUAUUUACAUGGUAAUAGAUUCAAUCGAAAGCUUUCUUUGACCAAUCAGGAAUGAUCGCAUAUCAGUGACAUUGUACUUACUAGUACUAUACUUCUCAGUGCAUAUCUUAAUAGAUAUGCAGUUCAAUAAAUGGUUAUACUAACAAAAGAGUUGAUUUGUUGAUGUAAUUUAUACAUUAUUCAGAGUGAAAUUGCUGCAAAACAGCCAAUGAGAAUGGUUCAAGCAGCAAAGUCAUUAAAUACAAAAGUAUUCAACUUAACAAGAUCAUACAACUGUGUUUUGGGUUUUUUAACUUUGAAAACUAGCCAUGGAACCAUUGGUUGGUGCAUAUUUCUCAAAGCCAGUUACUGCUAUAAAGUUUUCAUAUAUUCAUUGUAUAAUGAUGUCGAUUUUGUUAGAACAUACUUACUGUAUCAAUAGGUGUAAACCAUCCUGGCCACCCCUGCAAUAAAGUGCAAGCAUCCAUUUAUUUUUGGCAUGUACUUAAAAGUUGGGACGACCCAUUCUUUUAUAGGUUGGGACAGCAUCCUUUAAUGUUGUCUUAUUACCGAGACUUUCCUUAAAAAUUGAAAACAGGGAUGGCUUCGGUUGUUUAAACUUAUUGAAACAGAUAAUGUUAUAUUUGUAUAGGCUUGAUAUUACACAGUAAUUUUUUUAUUACUUAUCAAUUUUCUAUAAUCGAUAUCUUUAAUUUACACAGUAUGAUAUUGCAAUUAUGGUGAUGGGUCGACAAGAUUUAUACUAAUGGCAAAUCAUGCUAUAAGAAAAUAUAUAUGUAUAUUAUAUAGUUAUUAUAUAUUUCAAUUAUGAUUGUACAUAAUGGUCGCAUUAUGUAACAUGAAAUAUGUGAUGCAGAGCUUGGAUCUUUGAAUGCUUCACACAGAUGUCAGAUGCCUUUUUGUGACUUGGAAAAUGCAGAAGGGAAAAUUUGCCUUUUCUUGUGGGUCUCUAUCUGCAUUAUAAUAUCAAGUACUGCUACUCUAGAUCUAUAAACAAAAUGAAUUAUAUCAGAAGCAUUGGCAACUUCGUGGGUUUGUAUUUGCCAUUUUGGAGUAAUGUUUUUGGUCGGUCUUUUGGCUGACAUACAAUUUGGCAAAAUUGGAAAAUAAAGUACAAUACACUCACAUAUACCAUACCCUUAGGAAAUGCUUCUGGUAGAGUCAAUUUUUACAAUUUAAAAAGAAUCGAACAGGAGAAAAACCUAUGUACAGAAAGCACUUUUGUGAAAAAAAAGCACAAUUCGGUACUUCAAUACAGCAUUGGUAUUGAUAUAGAAGGGUGAUCUAAAUCAGAUGAUCAAAUGUUUCAGCAGGUUGUACAGUAUUAUCAACGAUUGUAGACUACAAGAAUGUACAAAAAUGAAGUCUGAUCAAAUUAAAAGCUGGCUUCAAAGUUGUAGUUGUAGGUUUCAGCUUGCAACCUGCUAGGAGAGAAAUUUUUACCCUCCAAGAAGUUUAGUCCGAAAACAUGAUCGAUUUCGAUGAUUGAUUUAAACUUCGAAGUUCAUAAUAUUGAUACAGUGUUUUUCAUUAAUUUUGUACAUUUCUGACAAAUUAUUAUUAAAGACUCGGGACGAAAACUCUUUGCGAGAU